CUUUCUGGACCAGGGCUCGAACCCAUGUACCCUGCAUUGGCAGGUGGAUUCUUAACUACUGUGCCACCAGGGAAGUUCCCCCUGUAUUCUUUUUAACCUGAAAUCUGUGUUGGCUUUGGGGUGAUGGGGGAGGCUUCCCCUGUCCUGCUGAUCUGUUGUUGUUUUAGUCUCUGUAGAUUGUUAUGUAGACCCAGGCUUUAGGCUCUGCAUUUCAGCUUAACCCAGCAAAUGUUGACUGAGUCUUUACAGUGUAUAAGGUUACAGGGGAUAAAAAUUUGGGGAAAAAAACCCAAUGCACCACUGUUUCUGAGGAGUUCAUGAACUGGGAGUGGGAAGGUAAGACACAUCUAAAAUUAAUGAUUAUUCAAGCGAGAUUAGGAAGAGGGCCCUGGGAGAAGUCCGCCCCACCCUGUUAGAGAAGGGAGGUAUUCCAUCUCAUUGGACAGCUGGGGUGAGGGAAUAUAGAAAGGUGUUAAAGAGUGGUUGCUUUUGUCAGCACCUUAAGGCCUGGCUGAGAUAGACAUUCACAGGAAAAGUGAAAGGCCUGAGUAGAGGAAGCGGAGGUAGAAGGACAUGGUGUAUGUUUGGGGUUUGGCUGAAACAAUGGGCUCAUGUAAUAGUGGUCAUAGCUAGCACAUUAUGGAGUGUAUCAGGUGCGAGGCAUGGUUCUAAGACCUUUAUCUAUAUUAGCUCAUUUUAUCCCUGCAGUGACCCAAGUGAGGUCUUCUAUAAUUGUCUCCAUUUUACAGAUGAAGAAAUAGACAUAAAACAAUUUAUUAUCUGUCCAAGACCAUAGUGCUGUACAGCUAAGAUCAGACCCAGUUGGUCUGGCUCCAGAAUAUCUGCUUCUAACCACCAAGCUGUCCUGCCUCCAAUAUAGGGGAAGAACAGGCACUAGAACCAGAAAGGUGGGUAGACAUCCUAUCGUAGAGGCUUGGGGUACCAAUGUUUAGAGGUGCAGAGGUGGAAGAGGGGGCCAGAGACAGAGAUGAGAGGGAUCGCAGUGGUGGGUAUGGGGGAGUUUGUGAGAGCUGUGAGGGGCCACAGGAAGAAGGAGUUUCAAAAAGGGGGUUUGUCAACAAGGCCCAGCACUGCAGAGAGUUCCAGGAGGUGAGAUCUGAGAGCAGGUCUGAGCCAGUGAAAGCUGAGAGGGCCUGGGAGAGGGGUUGGUCAGGCUGCAGACACAAAGGGCAAUGGAAGGGUUCUGCAGGGUUCUGCAGGGUUCUGACUGAGGUGCUGCUCACUCCAGGAUGCUGUGUAUUUUGAAGAUGGUGAAGCAGGUGCAGACAUUGGCUAUGAUUGUCUGUGUCCUCUUGUCAGUAGAAAGACGAGAGCAUGACAGAGAAGGGCAGGUGAGAGCUGGCACUGCUAAUUUGGCAAACUCAGUGGCUUUUCUGCAGCCUAAUGAUUUCUGAAAGCUAUUUGCUAUGCUCAGGCACAAGUGUGACUGCCUCAUCUGAAUGCUGUAGCGAUCACUGUUUUUCCUGGAAAAUUGGGCCCAUGUAGGCUCUGUGUGUCGUUUAUUUGAGUUCCAUUUUUAUAGCCUUAUUACCUUGUCCUCAUGAUGCAAGAGGCCUCUCUUUUCUGGAGCUUUGCUGUGAAAAUUGUUUCUUAAAAGGCACAAAGUGAUCUCUCAUCAUUGGGGUUGUGCUCUCUCCAGAGCAGUGCUUUUCUGCAGACUUUUCAUCACCCCUGACACCAGUUGUCAUGUUUUUCUGAUCGUUUGCAAUUUACUGAGAACUUUUAGGCUGCUCUUGAAUUUCACUACCUAGGUAUUUGCCACGAUUUCUUCUAGAAGAGUUUGUGCAUGUAAAUAAUCCAUUCAGUUUCUUCCUCUCUGAUAGGUGUCCCUACCAGUGACUUUGCCAGCACCUGACACCCAGUCUUGUCCUCUGGCCUUGAGUUGACAGUGCUGGUAAUUAGCGUGUAUGGAGCCUGAGCUGUUUCCAGGCACUAUACUGAAAGAUUUAUGUUCAUGAUCUUAAUUAUUCCCAGUCCCUAUAAAGAAGGCACUGUUACCCCCAUUUUACAGUUGAAGGAAAUGAGUCUUACAGAGGGAGAGUAACUUGCCCCAGGUCACACAGGUAGUAAAUGGCAGAGUGGGCCUCCACUCCAAGGCCUUUCUGACCUUGGAGCCCAUGUAGUCCAUUCAUUCAUUCAUUUAUUCAUUUAUUCAUUCAUUCAGCAACACAUGAUUGUCUACAACAUUCCAAGCACUGUUCUAGACCCAGGGGAUACGACAAAAAAAAAGCAAAAAUUCCUGCCUUCAGCUUACAUUCAAAUUUGGGGAGGUAGAGAAAAAAAUAAUAAAUAAAAUAUACAGUACGCUAUAUGGUAAUAAGGACUGUGGAGAAAAAGAAAGCAAGGCAGUCAGCUAAGAAGCGUUGGGAGCAUUUUAAAUAGAGCAAUCAAAGAAGGCCUCAUUGAGAAGGAGACCAAAUUGUUAGGUUGAAUAGCAAACAGCCCCCCAAAUCUCAGCAUAUCAACCCAAGAGAACUUUUAUUUCUCAUAUAGAAAAGUUCCAAUGUGGCUGCUCCUGGUUAAGCAGGCAUCCUUCCUGGUGGUUAUUGAGGGACCCACACUUCUUCUAUCUUGUGGCUCUGCCCUCUUCAAGGCCCUCAGAUUCCUUUCCAUUCAGCUGGAGGGUGAGGAAAAAGAGAGAGGACUUUGUGGGGAGGUUUUUGUGGGCCAGUCUGGAAGAAGCAUGCAUCCCUCCCACCCAGAACUCAGUCACACUCAGUGUACUCCUAACUGCAAGGAGGGCUGGGAAAUGUAGUCCAGCCAUGUGCUCACAAGGUAAAAAAAAAAAAGGGUUUUGGUGAACUCAUAGUGUAGUGGUGAAUGAGGGGAAGAAGUGAGUCGUGGGUUUAACUGGGAUAGAGCAUUAGGCAUGGGAACAGCAAGUAAAGGUGGCUAAGGUGGCUGGAGUGGAGCGAGGAGAAGAUGAGGACAUGGUGGAAAGUGAAGGCAGGGAAGUGAAGGGGGCCAGGCCAUUAAGGUCAUUGUCAGGACUUGGUUGCAUUGUGAGUGACUGAUCUGAGUUGCAUCAUGAAAGGCUCACCCUGACUACUGUGUUGAGGGAGGACUCAGGGAGAGAAGUCGAGUCUGUUGCCGUUCGUUACCCAGUGAGUGGUGAGAGCAGCCAGGUCCCGAGUGGUGGUGAUGGUGGAGGUGCGGAGAAGUGGUUGGAUUUGAGAUCUGUUCUGAAAGUGGAACAACAGGUUUUGCUGCGGGGUUGGUGGUGGUGUGUGACAGAAAGAAAGGAAUCGGGAUAGUUCUGAGAUUCUUGGCUUUUGCUUAAUGACUAUUAGACUCACUUUCUACCCACAGAAGUAAAAAGGGGGAAAGUUUUUGAAAAAAGAUAUCUGGAUGCCCUCUGGGCCCUGAUGUAUCUCGCGUAGCCUCUUCUCCUCCACAGUACUUUCUUUAGCACAGAUGGGCAAUUCUUUUCCACAACUGAGCUUUCAGACAGAGGGAGGACAUCUGUAGCUCCUCCCAGCACAGAGCCUGGAUGGAACAACUUUGGCAAUGGUCUCACAUCAUUGCCUGGGAUCUUUGGACUGAGUCUUGGGGCCCCUUGGACUGAUGUGGAAGGGACCCAGUGUCCCCCUGGGUAACCAAGAGAUACCUGCAGAGGCCACUUCCAAUCCAUGCUGUGUGUAAUGUAAGAAUAUAAGUGUGUUUGGGAGUGGAAGCGGAAGCAGUUUUCCUGGUUCUUACUUGGCAAUCAUGACCUGCCAAGGCAGAAAUGAGAGAUGGAAUUUUUUAGUAGAUGGUGCUCCCAUUAGGAGCAUAAGGGGAAGAAAGUCUAUCUUAAACAGAGCAGGGUACGAGCUGUGGCAGCAAAUAUUGCAUGCCUACUAGGUGCUGGGCACUGGCUGGGUAUUUGGGUUUCAUUGGAGAGGGAAACAAAUGUACUGUUCCUGCCCUCCUGACAGAGUAGACCCAUGUGGCUAGAUCAUACAGUGAUUUGCUGGAAGAAAUUAUAUUUACACCUGAGUGUUUCUUUCAUUUUCUUUUUUUUCUUUUCUUUUUCUUUUUUUAGUGAUUGUGAAUGGUACUGUAUUUUUAAUUUCAGUGUCCACAUGUUCAUUGCUAGUAUACAGAAAAACAAUUGAGUUUUUAUUUUGUAUCCUAUAUCCUAGAUAAACUCACUAAUUAGUUGCAGGCUUUAUUUUUUUGUAUAUUCCACAGGAUUUUCUAUCUAGACAAUCACAUAAUCUACAAAUACAGAUGAUUUCUUCCUUUCCAAUCUGUUUUAUUUCCGUUUGUUGCCUCUUGUGCUGGCUCUUUGCUGAGUAAGAGUGGGCAGCAUUGCCUAUUCCUAAUCCUGGGGGGCAGCAUUCAGUCUUUCACCAUUAAGUGUAUGGUUAGCUGUAGAUGAGUUUUGCACAUGUCAUUUGCACUUUGUUGUAUGGGUGUGGGUGGGACCAUGGGGUUUUCUGUGGUGUUUGGCUGAUAUAGGGCAGUUACUAUCUAAAAGUUGUCUAUCUUGCUCGAGGCAGCAAGCUUUUGUUGGAGCCUUUUUCGUCUGUGCUUGUUGGCAUCUCCAGGUUCUUCCGUUCCAAGUGAGGCAAAAAGAAAAUGCAGGCCACUCACCAUGGUGUCCUUCCUCCAGGCCUGAGGCCCCUCACUGGUCUGCCUUCUUCACUCCGCCUUUCAGAGUCCUCUCUUGUUUGUCUUACAUAUCACGUGCAGGGGUUUUUGUUGUGCACAGCAGGUGGAAUAGGGAAAGGUGUGUCUACCGCAUCCUCCUGGAAGUGGAAGUGGUUGGGAGAAAUUAGAGGAUUGGGUUGAAGCCAGUGUGUGAAGGGCCUUCACGCCAGGGGUUUGACUCUGUAGGUGGCAGGAGGGAUGUUGGAGGUUCAACUCUGCAGCAGUGUGGAGGGAUGGGGAGGGGAGUGGCAGAGAGACCCGGAGGCUGGUGCCUGGGCCCAGGGAGGUGAGGAUGCAUUUCUGGACUGCGACAGCAGACGUGGGGCAGAAAGGAAGAAGGGAGAGUCCAUGCGGGCCACAAGGAAGUCCGAGGACCAGGUGGUGCUGGCUAGAGUGCAUGCUUUUGGACCCAAGCUUAACUUUUCAAAUGUGGAAUGCUAGGCCUUCAUUGGCAUUUUGAGAAAUACGUGAAUGAAGAUUUGAAAGGUGCCUCUCAGAUGUUCAGUGCAGAAUAGACACUUUAUAAAUGUUUCUGGAAGAAGUUGACUGCCUGAAAGGAAGCGACAAAACAUGAAAAUUGCUUUGAGGUGACCAACAAGUCCAGUGGCCCCUUGCUUCUCCCAAGGUGGAUCUGGGGUUUAAGAACCGUAACUUCAGAUGAGGAAACUCGGGCCCAGAGAGUGGGAGUGACAGCCCCAGUCACGUCACUUGGAGCUGGACCCCGACAGCGGGCAGUGCACGGCCACCUUCAACUGGGUUUGCAGUUGGAGUCCCUUGCAAGAGCCACCCUGGUCGUCCUCCACCUUAGAAGAGCACGUAGAAAUAAACGUGCCUCUGUGCCUCCUUGUACCUAUUCCAGACUCCAAUGGCUGAACAGAGAAUGGACAUUUCUUCAACUAUCAGCGACUUCAUGUCCCCAGGUGCCACCGACCUCCUCUCCAGCCCCCUGGGCACCGGUGGCAUGGAUUGCAACCGGAAACGCAAGGGCAGCUCCACGGACUACCAAGAAAGCAUGGACACAGACAAAGACGACCCUCAUGGAAGGUUAGAAUACACAGAGCACCAAGGAAGGAUCAAAAAUGCAAGGGAAGCUCACAGCCAGAUUGAAAAGAGGCGUCGGGAUAAAAUGAACAGUUUUAUUGAUGAACUGGCUUCUUUGGUACCAACGUGCAACGCGAUGUCCAGGAAAUUAGAUAAACUUACCGUGCUGAGGAUGGCUGUUCAGCACAUGAAAACAUUACGAGGUGCCACCAAUCCAUACACAGAAGCAAACUACAAACCGACUUUUCUCUCAGAUGAUGAAUUGAAACACCUUAUUCUCAGGGCAGCAGAUGGAUUUUUGUUUGUCGUAGGAUGUGACCGAGGGAAGAUCCUCUUUGUGUCAGAGUCUGUCUUCAAGAUCCUCAACUACAGCCAGAAUGAUCUGAUUGGUCAGAGUUUAUUUGACUACCUGCAUCCUAAAGAUAUCGCCAAAGUCAAGGAGCAGCUCUCCUCCUCUGAUACUGCACCCCGGGAGCGGCUCAUAGAUGCAAAAACUGGACUUCCAGUUAAAACAGAUAUAACCCCUGGGCCAUCUCGAUUAUGUUCUGGAGCACGGCGUUCUUUCUUCUGUAGGAUGAAGUGUAACAGGCCUUCCGUAAAGGUUGAAGACAAGGAUUUCCCCUCCACCUGCUCAAAGAAAAAAGCAGAUCGAAAAAGCUUCUGCACAAUCCACAGCACAGGCUAUUUGAAAAGUUGGCCGCCCACAAAAAUGGGGCUAGACGAAGACAACGAACCAGACAACGAGGGGUGUAAUCUCAGCUGCCUUGUCGCCAUCGGACGACUGCACUCUCACAUGGUUCCACAACCGGCGAACGGGGAAAUCAGGGUGAAAUCUAUGGAAUAUGUCUCUCGGCAUGCAAUAGAUGGGAAGUUUGUUUUUGUAGACCAGAGGGCAACAGCUAUUUUGGCAUAUUUACCACAAGAACUUCUAGGCACCUCAUGUUAUGAAUAUUUUCACCAAGAUGACAUAGGACAUCUCGCAGAAUGUCAUAGGCAAGUUUUACAGACAAGAGAAAAGAUUACAACUAAUUGCUAUAAGUUUAAAAUCAAAGAUGGUUCUUUCAUCACACUACGGAGUCGGUGGUUCAGUUUCAUGAACCCUUGGACCAAGGAAGUAGAAUACAUUGUCUCCACCAACACCGUUGUUUUAGCCAACGUCCUGGAAGGCGGGGACCCAAGCUUCCCUCAGCCCACAGCAUCCCCCCGCAGCAUGGACAGCACGCUGCCCUCUGGAGAAGAUUCCUCUGUUGUAGGUGGCCCAAAGAGGACCCACCCCACUGUUCCAGGGAUUCCAGGGGGAACCAGGGCUGGGGCAGGAAAAAUAGGUCGAAUGAUUGCUGAGGAAAUCAUGGAAAUCCACAGGAUAAGAGGGUCAUCGCCUUCCAGCUGUGGCUCCAGCCCACUGAACAUCACAAGUACACCUCCCCCUGAUGCCUCUUCUCCAGGAGGCAAGAAGAUUUUAAAUGGAGGGACUCCAGACAUUCCUUCCAGUGGCCUACUACCAGGGCAGGCUCAGGAGAACCCAGGUUAUCCAUAUUCUGAUAGCUCUUCUAUUCUUGGUGAGAACCCUCACAUAGGCAUAGAUAUGAUAGACAAUGAUCAAGGCUCAAGCAGUCCCAGUAAUGAUGAAGCAGCAAUGGCUGUCAUAAUGAGCCUCUUGGAAGCAGAUGCUGGGCUCGGUGGUCCUGUUGACUUUAGCGACUUGCCAUGGCCGCUGUAAACACUACAUGUUGCUUUGGCGACAGCUACAGUAUCAAAGUGCAUUACUGAUGGAGUUAUACAGUCUGUGAAGCUUACCGGAUAAGGAGAGAACAGCUUUUAUGUACUGUCUUCAUAAAAGCCAUCUCAGAGCCAUUGAUACAAGUCAAUCUUACUAUGUGUAACUUCAGACAAAGUGGAACUAAGCCUGCUCCAGUGUUUCCUCAUCAUUGAUGAUUAUUGGGCUAGCUGUGGAUAGCUUGCAUUAAUUGUAUAUUUUGGAUUCUGUUUGUGUUGAAUUUUUUAAUCAAUCAUUGUGCACAGAAGCAUCAUUGGUAGCUUUUAUAUGCAGAUGGUCAUUUCAGAUGUAUGGUGUUUUUACACUACAAAGAAGUUCCCCACGUGGAUAUUUCUUAUACUAAUUGUAUCAUAAAACCGUUUAUUCUUCCUUGUAAGAAUCCUUUACUAUAAAUAUGGGUUAAAGUAUAAUGUAUUAGUUAAAUAUUUUUAAUAAAUGUUUCCCUUGUUCUAUAAA